AUGGCAUUAAGAACGGUUUUCAUGGCACUCUGGCCAUUUCUGCUGUGUUUUGAUUAUGUGAUUUCAACGCAUGCAUUUAACGUAAGAAAACAUAGACAGGCUAGGACACUGAUAUAUCCCCCAACAGCGCCAACUCGUCUACAAUUUAUUGGCGGCAUUGGUAUACCCGUCGAGGAUCUAACUUAUGAAUCGGUCACCUCUGGCUAUGUACUCAAAGCAGAAUAUUUUCUGCCCGAAACGGCGGCUGAAUGGCGUCCAACACAAUUAAGUCCACAAUCGGUAAACAGACGCAGCUUUGGGGGCGACGAUGAUUAUCACAACAACACAAUUACGCAUGCGCAGAAGACCAGCGGGCGGCAAAGUGCCAGCUUCCACACUAAUUGGCAGAGCAAACAGCAAACGGCAGCGGCCUAUCGUUGGCUCAUCUACAAAGCCAUGGAAAUCUUAAUGAAUAGAGCGGGCCUCGCGGGGCGUGAGUGUAUGCUGCGGAGCAUUUGUGAGCAUGCGGCAAUACCGUUACAUUACGAUAAUGGCAUUUUGGGAGAGAUACUGCAUAUUAUUUUGACUCCUUCACGCUCACGUGAUGAGCUCGGCAACCCGAAUGACAAAGAUUAUGGACACGCGGAACACAUUGGCCGAAAAGGAGGCGAUUGCGCAGCCACCUACGCUGCGUGUGCCUACGCGCCAAUCGAACAAAUUACAACUGUUUUAGAGCUGGACGAUUAA